AUGAAUGAGCCUUUUAAUUUCGAUGUAAACGCUCCUUCAUAUUACCCUGGAAAGCCAUACAAAGGAAAAGAGGUAAAUAGUGAUAGCGGCAGUGAAAUAGAAAAAAAAAAAGAUACAAUGAUUGAAGAAAAUUUUGAUGAAGAACAAAUAAAUGAUUUAGAGGAUAAAAUAAGUAAAAUAAAUUUAAAUGACAAUGUUGAUAAAUAUGAAAAUGUGGAAAUGGACAAUGAGAAUAAAGAAGAAAUAGAAGAAUUACAGGAAAAAAUAGCUGAAAAAAAUAGAAAUUUGGUGGAAGUAGAUCCAAGACAUCAUUUAAAUGUAAUUUUUAUUGGUCAUGUCGAUGCGGGAAAGUCAACUACAUGUGGAAAUAUUUUAUACAUAUUAGGUUAUGUUGAUGAUAGAACAAUAGAAAAAUAUGAAAGAGAAGCAAAAGAAAAAAACAGAGAAAGCUGGUUUUUAGCAUUUAUAAUGGAUAUUAAUGAAGAGGAGAGACAAAAAGGAAAAACUGUAGAGGUAGGAAGAGCACAUUUUGAAACAAAAGAUAGAAGAUUCACAAUCCUUGAUGCACCAGGUCAUAAAAAUUUUAUCCCUAAUAUGAUUAGUGGUGCUGCACAAGCAGAUAUUGGUGUUUUAAUUAUAUCAGCAAGAAAAGGAGAAUUUGAAACCGGAUUUGAAAGAGGAGGACAAACAAGAGAACAUACAUUACUUGCAAGAACUUUAGGAAUAAAUCAGCUAAUAGUGGCAAUAAAUAAAAUGGAUGAUCCAACAUGCAAUUGGAGUGAAAGCAGAUAUGAUGAAAUACAAAAAAGAAUAACCCCUUUUAUAAAAUCGUGUGGAUAUAAUAUAAGUAAAGAUGUUUAUUUCGUUCCCAUUUCUGGAUUAACAGGCCAGAAUUUGUCAGAACAUGUGUCAGAUAAAAACUCGAAAUUAUAUGACCCAAGAGCCAGUUGGUAUGAUUUAUCCAAGCCAACUUUAUUUCAAAUUUUUAAUACUUUACCACCUCCACCAUGGGAUGAAAAUGGUCCAUUAAGAAUUCCUUUAUUGGAAGGUUAUAAAGACAAUGGUAUAAUAGCCGUUGGGAAAAUUGAGUCAGGGACAUUAUAUGGAAAUAAUAUGAGCUGUACAUUAAUGCCAAAUAAAGUAAAAGUAAAAGUUAUGAAUGUAUUUUUAGAAGAUGAUGAAGUUCCAUAUGCAAAACCUGGAGAAAAUGUUCGUGUUAGAUUAUUUGGUGUUGAUGAAGAUCAAAUUAGUAAAGGUUUUGUUUUAUGUGAUUCAAUAAAUUUAUGUUCAGUGGUUCAUGAAUUUAUUGGAAGAGUUGCAAUUGUUGAAUUACUUGAACAUAAACCAAUAAUAACAGCUGGGUACUUUUGUAUUUUUCAUGCACAUACUACUUGUGAAGAAAUACAAUUUGUUGAAAUGUUAGAAGUUAUUGAUAAAAAAUCCAAAAAAAAAAAAAUUAAACCCAAAUUUAUAAAAAGUGAUUGCAUUGUAACUGCUCAUUUCUUAUUAUCGAAUCCGGUUUGUGUGGAGGUGUAUGAUGAUUUGCCACAGUUAGGACGAUUUACAUUAAGAGAUCAGGGAAAAACAAUAGCAAUUGGAAAGAUACUUGAAUUAAAAGCUUAA